AUGGUGGAUGGAACGUUUUUGAAAUUGAAAUAUCGUGGUGUCCUCAUGAUAGAAGUAGCAAAGGAUGGAAACAACAACAUAUUCCCUCUUGCAUUUGGAAUUGCAGACUCUGAAAACAAUGAUUCCUACAGGUGGUUCUUCACACAUUUAAAGUUUUCUUUUGGCACGCGAGAAAACCUAUCAAUUCUUUCUGAUUUUCACUCAGUAAUUGCAAAUGCAAUCAGCCAAGUGUAUCCAGAUUGCCAGCACGGAAUAUGCAUCUACCACAUGGAGAAAAACCUGCAGAAAUAUUUCCCAUCUGAAGCGAUUCUAGCCCUAUUCUACAAUGCAACAACUACAUAUAAACGGGCAGAUUUUGAGAGCUACAUGACACAUAUACGAGAAAUUGACCCAAAAUUUGCAGAAUACAUAAAAGAAGAACCACCAGAAAGAUGGGCUGGUUCGUUUCACACCAACAGGCAUUACAACAUGCUUACAACAAACAAUGUUGAGACAAUUAAGUCUGUAUUAAGGAAAGCAAGGGCGCUUCCAGUAGAAAAUAUCACUGCUAUCAAAUUUGUCAUGAAAUAUGAAGGUUAUCAAUAUAACGUAAACCUGAAAGACAUGAGUUGUGACUGCUUGGAAUUCCAAACUGAUGAGUUACCAUGCACACAUGCCAUGGCAGUUAUAGAGAAGAGAAGUUUCAACAAAUCUACAUACUGUUCAGACUGGUUCAAGAAACAAGCCUGGCAAGAGACGUAUAAAGGUGAAAUCCUAUCAGUUGGAAAUGAAGACUCGUGGGUUGUUCCACAAAAUAUCAAGGAUAUCAAAAUAAACCCACCUGAUAACAAAAUCAGACGUGGAAGAAAUCAAACAAAAAGAUACCGUCCAAGAGGAGAAACAACAAAGUACACAUACAGAUAUGGUAUAUGCAAGUUAUUCAGACACUCUAGGCAACAUGUAACCACAGUCGAGCUCUCCAUCCAUAUGCAAGAAGAUACAGGAAAAGAAAAUUGCUAUAAGAUGCUAUAUAGAAUAUUUUAUGAAUAUAAUAUAGAUGAUAUUAACAUUUGGUUCUCCGGAAAAGGCAAAACUUUGCUAUAA